CAAAGACGAAGCUCCACAGAAGUUCUUCCUCCAGUCUGCACAGUCUCACUUCUUCUGCCGUUGGAACUGCGAUGCCUGUAGAGACGCGAUCAAUCAGAGACAGAUCUGCAGUGGGCCGGUUUCCAUCCGUCACACUCGAAUUAGGGGAAGACGAGGAGGCAGAAAAUGAAGAGCCAAAGGAAGGCGAUGCUGAGGAAGAAAACGCGUGUUGGCAGUGGCUUCGUAAGGUCUGCCCGUGCUGCUGUCCCAAACCUAACGACGACGACAUUACCGACACUUUGGUCACAGGGAUCGACAAGCUGGAAAAAGAGGACGGGAUAAAUGACGAGGAGGCGGUGACGGACGGGAGCGAGCUUGAUGAAGUCCUCCUGAAAGUCCAAUCUGUAGACCUGAUGAAGAGCAAAUCGGGGGAGAAUCGCACAGAGCACCACACAAACCUCUACCAAAGUGAUGACUUCAUUAUCCGCAGAGGACAGGCUUUCCUGAUGUGGAUUACCUUGUCUCGCCCCUUCAGCCACGACACGGACAAACUUCACCUUGAGCUUAAAACAGGUUAGUCCUCCACGGAAACAUCGUGGCGCUUGU